AUGCCAAAUCUAUCCCACCUGUCUCUGGCCGACGGGAUUCAGAGUGCUCUGACCUCUUUAUCUCCAGAAGAUCACAUCCAUGAGUGUGGUCAUGCGCCACUGAGUAUCAUUCAGAAGCGACCCGAGGACGUGCUAGCUCUGGCUCACCAGAAAUUGCAUACCUGGAGAUUCGACAGUGUUCCACUAUGUUGGCGUCGUUUGUAUGAGGAUGCCAGUCUGCAUCAGGCAGUUGCAAUCCUGAACGACCACGGUGCGCGCCGUCACAAGCGCAAGCGCUCUGCUUCACCACCACUUGAACAUGAUUACAUCACCCGACUGGUCUAUCUGCUCGACAUGGCAAUCAUUCUCACUGGUGCUCCUCAGCGUCACCAACUCAUCCUAAGUAUCUUCGACUCGUUGCAGCUUUUUCUUGACCCCAACGAGCACAAAGACAUCUCCCAUACAUUUCCUGUCGUUCCAAUACCCCAGUCACAGAAAGAUACCUUUAUUCAUGUCGAGAGGCUAGAUUUCCUGCAGUUUCAACAACAUAUCGACACCAAGACGACACCAAUCAUAAUAAAAGGUGUGAUCGAUGACUGGCCUGCAGUCGCAACUCCACAUCGACAGUGGAGUGAUCCGUCGUACCUACUCAAGGCUACACUUGGAGGUCGACGAUUGGUACCAGUCGAGCUGGGCAGGAGCUACACAGACGAUGACUGGUCUCAACGCAUCAUGACCUUUGCUGAAUAUAUGGAAAGCCAUCUCUUGCAACCCAAGCAAGAAAGGACUGGUUAUCUUGCUCAGCAUGACCUUUUUACUCAAAUCCCGAGCCUGAGUGCAGACACGAAUACGCCAGACUACUGUUACACAACUCCUCCACCACCCGAACCUCUCUCUUCUACGCUCAAAGUUGAGACGCUUGACGAGCCUCUUCGCAAUGCCUGGCUAGGGCCUGCGGGUACUAUCAGUCCGCUGCACACAGACCCUUAUCACAAUAUACUAUGCCAAGUCGUGGGCCAUAAAUACGUUCGCCUCUAUGCGCCUUCGGAAACGACAAAGCUUUAUCCCCGUGGUAUCGACGAGACUGGCGUGAACAUGGAGAAUACGUCACAUAUCGAUAUCUCGCUUGCAAAGAGGUUAUAUACACUCGGCGAGCAAGACCAACCAGACGAAAUAGAGAAACAGAAGUUCGAGGAACAAUACCCAGCUUUCAAGGAAGCAAAUUGCAUAGAGGGUGUACUGGGCCCGGGCGAGUGUCUAUACAUCCCUGUAGGAUGGUGGCACUACGUGGAAAGUCUUAGCACGAGCUUCAGCAUGAGUUUCUGGUGGAAUUGA